UUUUGGAGCUAUUAUAUACUCCAACAGUCGCGAGGACUGUUCACUCUUCUCAAACUAUUCUGAUAUAAGCAAAACGUUUCUGGAGAAGGAUUUACGAAGAAUCGCAACCAAGAUGGCUUCGAGGCAGCAAGGAAGCAACGACAGCGGCCGUGUCCGUGUUAAUAGGACCGACAAAACACGUUGGAGCUGGACCUGUAAGGAGGAGGAAACACUGAUAACCUCGCUUAAGGAAUUGGUGGUGCAAGGUUGGAAUUCGGAUAACGGUUUUAGGGCUGGGUAUCUCGCAAAACUGGAGGAUGCAAUGAGGCAAGUAUUUCCAGAUACUGACUUGAAGGGAAAUCCGCACAUCAACUCCAAGAUAUGUGCGUGGAAAAAAAACUACUAUAGCUUGUCGGCGAUGCUAGGGCGCAGCGGGAUCGGUUUCAAUGCGAAUGGUAAUCAUAUGGUUGAUUGCACGAAUGAGCAAUGGGAACAAAUUGUCAAGUGUGAUCCGAAUGCAAGAUUGAUGAGGUAUAAAUCUUGGCCUAUGUUUGAAGACUGGAAAGAGGUUUUUGGAAAAGAUAGGGCUACCGGGGAGCACGCUGAGGACCUUUUGGAUGCGUUGAACGAUAUGCAACGCCGUGAGAACAUGAAUGAACUCACUCCAGAGUCGGAGUAUCAUGUCAAUCUCGAUGGUAUAACAACAACUGAGAUGAUCGACGAGAGUGUGGGGCAAAGCAGUCAGGAGACAGCAGUUGGUCCAACUGGCAGCAGGAAGCGCAAACCCAACCGCGAUGAGAUGAGUGCUGUAUGCGAGGUACUCCGUGAGAUAAACCGUACAACUGCAGAGAGGCUGGCGAACUUGGCGAACCGAAUUGGUUAUGAGUUCGACAUCGGAAAGGCCCGGCAAGAAGUGUUUGAACAAUUGGGUGUCAUUCCAGGUCUUUCAUUGGAUGAGAAGUUUGAUGUUUGUGAGCUCCUAGCCCUACAAGGUUGAGCGCCUUGAAAUUUUUCUUGGGCUGCCGGCAGAAGCACGCCCAGCCUACGCGAGGCGUUUGCUCGAAGGCAGCUAUAAGUAAUAUUAUUUAGGUGGUGCAGAUUUUUUGGAGCUUAACUUGCUUGGACUUGGAUUUCGAUUUAGCAAGCUCAGUACUUUGAAAUGUUUUUUGUCUACAGACCGAUAGUCUGUUGUUUUUCCAUUCUCCAUGUUGGAUUUAGCU